CAGCAUCCAGCUGAACACAUUCCCUCGACCCCCUUCUACCCCUUUGGCAAUUACCCUACUCAAAGCAGCCACGCCUCAAACCAGUACCCAAGAAAAGCACAAUGCAGUUUUUCUACGCCCUUCUCCCUCUCCUGCCCCUUGCAGCUGCGAACGGCCGAGUUCGCUUCAACGCAUUCGACCACAUCAAUUGCCAGGGUUUCGAGGAAAACUACGACCUCAACCCUGCAACGGUAAAGGGCAACUUUCCAGGACCCCGCGGAGCUAUUCAAAUAUUGCAAACUUCCCCAGGAUGCCACAUCACGCUCUACACCGGCUACAACCAGUCGCCAAACGACGGUAGCCGUCUUGCUAUUCCUACCGACAAUGCUAAUUGCUACUUUAAUGGCAAUGGGUUCGAGCAGUAUCACAGCUUUGGAUAUUACUGUCCUUAGACUGCCUGUAUACAAAAGUUGUAAAUGCCCAAAGGAGUUUAAGUAGCUCGAAUGAGGGGCAGUUAUUGUUACCGGUAGAAAAAUAAAGACAUGAUUGAAUUUGUUCUGUUACCUGUGGCUACAAGAAGAUGAUCUUCUUUGUGUACGAGAAAGUAUCAGACAUAACAUAGACAGGUGCGAAUAUUCGAGUUAG